AUGAUUAAAAUACCAAAGGACCUGCAAUCCCAUAUAAGUGCGUCGUAUCGUGUUAAUUCUUUAAAAAUAGCAGUUGAAGAAUUAAUACAUAACGCUCUUGAUGCUGGAUCACUUUCUAUUGCCGUCAGAGUUAACGCCAUAGAGAACAGCGUACAAGUAGUAGAUAAUGGCUACGGUAUAAAGCAAAGUGAUUUUGAAUUACUAGGCCUGAAAUACACGACUAGUAAGUUUGUUAAUAUAUCAGUACUGAAAAGCAUAUCACAAUGUUACGGUUACCGUGGCCUGUCAUUGGCAAGUAUCAUCGAAGUCUCUCAUGAUGUAAGAAUAGAAUCAAGGUCUAAGGAUACUCAAACAACGUUAAGUAAAAGGUUUUUAAAAGGAGAAUGUAAGGAAAUUAGAGAGACAACUUGCAGACCAUCACAGGGCACUACGGUCGACAUUCGAGGACUUCUUUACAACUUAAAAAUACAAAGGGAAGCACUUGAUAACACUCAAGAACUACUUGCGAUUAAAAUCUUAUUGCAACAAUUUUCAUUAGUCCAUGCGAAUGUUUCGUUUAGCUUAAGAGAUGACUUGAAAAACGAAAUACUUUUCCAAAUUCAUAAAAACAGAGAUAUAAUGCAAACUCUAAAAACCCUUUUCGAAAUAUCUCCGAAUGAAGUACAAGAGUUAAAAGUAGAGAAGAGCACAUAUAAAGUUCACGCAUUUAUCGGUAGGAACGAAACUGAAUUGAAAAAAUGCCACUGGACAAAGUUUGCAGAGGAAGUGGUAAAUACAGAAUUACCAACAUAUUUUUUAUUCAUAACGUGUCCGCUUAGUGACUAUGACACACAUUUUGAUACCAACUCAAUCGUGAUCGAAUUCAAGAAUUGGGACCAGAUAACAAAUAUAUUAGAAAAAUUAGUUCAGUGUUAUACAGGAAACAUCAAAUUAAAUUCAAUAACGAAGCCAAAUCAAUACGGAGGCAAGAAAGAUACAGGCGACCAACGAGAAGAAGUAAAACGUAUAAUUCACAAAAUACUUCAAAAACCACAAAAGAAACAGAAUGUGCCUAUGUACAACGCUAUCAGAGGAAAACAAAUAAAAAGAAAACGAACUAAUUCUAAAGAUAAAUUAAAAAUUAUACGAAGCUCUAGUAAUGACAUUGAAUCAAUAAAAUCGCGUAGCAAUUCUAACAAAAUAACUGAGAAAUUAUUAAUAACUAAACCGAAAAAUAUAACCAACAAACAUGUUCACAAUGAGGACAAGAGUAUACAGAGAAAUAAAGAUUUUGAAUAUAACUAUGGCCCAGAAAUAUCGGAAUUAAAUGCUAAUCUUAUCUCAACCAAUAAUCCGGAACCUUUGAUAAAAGACAGUUUACCACACUACUCUGUCUACGAAAAUGCAGAAAAAGUACACGAAGAAGAAAUAGCACAAAUACAUGAACCAAACGAAAAACAGUAUAUCUAUACAGAUCAUUUUACGCCCCAUACCUCUAAUGUGCCCGACUUGACACUUUAUAAAUUCCAAAAAAUGCGUCACAAGUUUAUGAAAUUUAUGACUGAGUGCCAACCAUGUUAUUACAAAAGCGCUAUUACAGAAAAUACAACGAUAAGUAAACAAAAUAUUCUUGAACAAGAUUUGCAAUCGAACUAUCAUAUAAAUAAAAAUUAUAGCAAUGAGUUUAUUUCUGAGAAGAAUAAUAAACCUAUCGUUACCUCUUACGAUCUGAUUCAGACUGUUAUAGAUGAUACUAAUAUAAAUUUAUGUGUCCAAAGCAAUCACAAAAGAAGAUAUCCGUCAUUAUUAGAGUACCCAAAACAACUUCAACAAGGUGUAAGCGAUUUAACAUACGAGAGUCAUCAUUAUGGACUGAACAGAUAUAAGAAUAAGGUAGAUGAGAAAAAAAGAUUGGGAAAAUAUAGACAUUUUAUAAGUGAAGGCUAUAGAGAAAGUUUACUUUCAAGAAGUAAGGAAAAUAAGACCAAAUAUCAAUGUAUUAAACAGAAAAUAAACACCAAAACAAAUAAGAAUUUCAUGUUAAACACUUUGAAGUCGAUAUUCAAUCGGUCUCGUUACACAAAACAAGAUAUUAAGAAUAAACCAAGGUCUCCCGCCACAUACUUUGCGCCACCAGAAGCAUCUAAAAACUUUUAUUCAAAUUCUAUUGACGAGACAUUUUGUAGAUUUAAUACUAUGGUAAAUUCAGUGUUAGAGGAUGAUAUAAGAAUGGCUAAUUUUGGAGCAACUUACACAAUUAACAAUGUGGUCUCCAUGUACGACGGAAGCAGCAUUCAAGCGAAAAGUAAUACAGAAUAUCAAUUCUCUUACUCUGUACAAACGUCAAAAAUAUAUUAUACGGAAAUAGGUAAUUUACAAAAGGUUAAUCAAAAGCAAAGUUCUUCCAUCCACAAACAUAUUGAAAAAAAUGAGGAAGUUGUUAGAGCAUAUGUUAAUGAUAAGGAUUGCACACGUUCAAAAAAUAUUCUUAAAGACGAGGAUAUAUUAGAAAGACACGUCGACACUGAAACUGUUUGUGCCAAUAAGGUUUUCGACCCACUAAACAUCUGUGAAACUAUUUACAGUGCAUCAAAACCGGACGAACAUUUAAGUGUAAAAAGCAAUGAACGUCAUGAUAUUGCUGACGAAAAUGUAAUAUCCCACCAUUUCAAUACAGAAGAAAUUAAUAAAGUGUUUUUAGACACAUUUCGUUCACCCAUACAGAACAAUGAGACUAUGACGAAUAUCAACGAUUUAAAUUCGUCUAAAUUAGUACCAAAUUUUGAAAACGAUUUUAUUAUUAAAAGCAGAUAUGCAUUUGUACCUAAAGGGAUAUCUCCAAUAUUCAAUAACUGUGGACGAAAAACGAUAAAGGAACGGAAAGUCAACUUAGAUGAAGAAUGUUACAAGGAUGCAAUUUAUGAAAACUUCGCAGAACUAGUGUGUGACAACGCUGAAAUAUUUGAGCCGAAAAUUCAAAACGUUUACGAGGCUGCAACUAAUGAUAUCAACAAAGCAACAGAAAGGAUUAAGAAGGACAACGCUGACCUUUUGUUUGAUACACAAUCGAUUAAGAACGCCCAAGUACUGGGACAGGUUGACUGUAAAUUUAUUGCAGCAAUACUCUCAGGAAAGGCAGUAACCAGCAAUACUCAUUCAUAUUAUUUAGUUCUAUUUGAUCAGCAUGCGGUACAUGAAAGAAUACGGCUUGAGCUUAGUUUAUCAGAUUAUAUUAACGGCGCAAUAUGGAAAAGUGUAAAUGUCGACAGCAUUUCCUUCAAGCUCUCAAGAGAAGAUGCAAUAUUUUUACAUAAUUACAAAGAGAAAUUAACAAAAUUCGGCCUCGAGUGGACAGUUAUUGAUAAUGGCAUCUGUGUUAAUGGCAUACCAGAAGCAAUUUUGGGCAAAAGUCCAAGACAGGUUGAAGUGGUACUGAAAGCGACGAAAAAUUUGUUUACGGAGCUUAUUCAUGCAUUAAAGACUCUGAAGGGGAACAUUCCUUUAUACCCAAAAUCUAUUAUGGAUCUCGUAUUUAGUGAGGCUUGCAGAUAUGCAAUUAUGUUUGGAGACAGUUUGUCAAAAUCAGAAUGCACUGGUUUGAUAGAAUCAUUAGGAUCAUGUAAAACGCCAUUUCAGUGCGCUCAUGGAAGACCAGUCAUGGCAGUUAUGAUGGAACUUGCAGAAAAUAAACUAAAAUAUAAGGUGGUAUACUUUUUGGCUUUAUUUGUUGGGGUUAGUAAGUGUUGA